AUGGUAAAAACACCCAUAACCGAUGCCGCGGCCCUACCCGCCUCGCUCCCCCAAUCCACAGACCCCUCAACCUCACCCUCAUCCUCCGAUGCCGCCGACCAAACACCCACCACCACCCCCGACUCCGAAACCAUCCUCAAGCUCCUCGUCUGCAGCCACGAAUUCCACGCCGACUGCCUUGUCUCUUGGUUCGUCCUCCGCAAGACCAGCUGUCCAAUAUGCCGCUCCAUGUACAUGAGCAAAGAAGCGCUCGAUCAGCACGACGAGGAAGAGAGGAUUGCGCUAGGCGGCGAUGCGACGCCUGCGGCGUUGGAAGCGGGGACUGCGAAUCAGACACCUACGCCGCGGCCUAUGAGUAAUUGGCAGUACUUCUUGCAUGGGAGUGGGAUCAGGAGACAGCAGGCUGUUGAGGCGAGGACGAAUGCUCAGGCUCAAGCGCAGGCUCAACCUGCAGUGGAGUUGCAGGAUCGUACGCCUCAGACGGGGGAGCAGAGUGAGGAUGCGAAUGAUGCUGCGGCUGCGGCUGCGGGUCCGGCGGAUACGGCCGUGCAGCAGCCAGAUCAGCCGUCUAGGUCGAGGUGGCAGAGACUUUUGAGGCGGUAA